AUGAUUUCGUUACGAUCCAAUACUUUUAGGUCAUGCUGGACGCUAGCAAAGAAGUUUGGCUGCGCGAAGAGGGCGUGGAGGAGCUUCACCGAUAAAGUGCAAUCAAAACUCCACAAACUCAACAUCCCCAGAGCAAUCAAAACCACUGCCAGACACCUCCGUGCCUUGCAGAGCAAGUUUCAUUUUCUUAUCCCAUCCAAACUCCGCGCUCUCACCAAACCUUCCUCUACCUUCCCUAGGAACCGAUACUAUAACCAUCACUACGACACCCUUGACUCCCAUGUCGGUUAUGCGCUGGGAAGAUCUGGCUACCAGUACCACAACAAGCUCCAUCAUAAUAAGAAUACGGAAGCCAUACACAUAGACGAGCUCUUUGAAGAGCCUGCUGCCGUCUGUGUGGACGCCAAGAAGGAUCGACAUUUUGGUGAGCAAGCAGAAACAAGCAAAGGGAAACAAGCGGUUGACGAGGAGGAUGAUGGGAAGGUUGUGAAAAGAGAUAAGAAGAGUUUGUACAGCGUUGAAGAUGCGUGGCAAGCAGUGGUUGCAAAGUCGCCUCAGCUGCGGGUAGUGGAUGAAAGAGCGGAGGAGUUCAUUCACAAGUUUAGGCAAGACAUGAAGCUUCAGAAGGAGAAAUCCCUUCUUGAGUUCCAGGAGAUGUUGGCUCGCAGUUCAUAA